AUACUGGGACCCAAUGAAAACCUGUGUGCGACAAAGGGUUUACUGGAGUUUAAAACAAUUAAUAGGCUGUGUGUGAACCUUUACUAUGAAAACGUUAUAUGUGGAUUAACAAAGGUACAGUUAAGUAAUAAGUAAAUUCCAAAAUGCAGUAGGCCUACUGAUUGUUGUCAUGAAACUGUGGGUGUGCAAUGUGAUUCAAUGACACAAGACAGCACUCGCAUCCUGUUGAGGUGCGUCCUUGUUUUCAAACCUGUUCAGGGGGGGAUUGCCAAACAGGUAAUACAGGCGCAGUGUCGUUUGACAUUGCAGUUUUCUACCUUAGCAGAGUAGGCUAUGUCCGGAAAGCUUGGAAGACACAAUACUAUUGGCUUUAUAUAUUAAAUACAAUUUCAACGCUGAGACAAAUGCCAUGGCAGUGAAGAGUGAUGGGCUGACCCAUUGUAAGUUCGCUCUGGUGUUCGCCGUGGCGAUGGACCUGCUGGGCGUGAUUUCCAUGCUGCUGGGCGUCUUUGCCUCGCUGGAAUUCGAGGGUCAGGACUUCGGGGACCUGCUGGUGUACUCGGGGGCCCUUCUGGUGCUGUUCUCCAUGGGGGGCUGGGUUAUCUGGUACAGCGGAAACAUCCAAGGACUGACCACCACAAAGAAGUUAGGGGGCACCGCCUUCGACCGCCUCGCACGAAAUCUGAGCCGAAGGAUUCGGAUGCCCAGGUCUCAGAGCAGCCCGUGAAGCCUGAAGGGGCCGAUAUGAAAUGCUUCAAGGCCAUGCAUCCUUCAGGUCUUCAUUUUUUUUUUAUAUAUAUACCGAGCAUGGAGAUGGCUAACGUUCUAGAAAUAUUGGUAAUGUUAAAAUUAAAGUGUUUAAAUUAAAUUGUGUGUAAUAUUUUUUUUUUGCUAUGUACGUAUGCAUGUAUCAUAAGCUAGGGUCUAGUGAAAACGUUUUUGGAUCUCACUAUUCAAAUACAACAUGUGCUAACAGUAAAAAUAACCCAACUCAAUUAUCAUUAAAAAUAUAUUUUAACAAAAAAAUAUUACAUUUACAAAAGUAUAAUAGUCCGAUGAUUGUUGAAACAAAAGUGUGCACAAAUCGAGACAGUAAAUAGCCAAUACUGCAUAAGACACGUCGAAUAUGUUAGAAUACUUUAAACCAAAGCAACCAUAACACCAUACCAAUAUAAUUAACAGAUGACCUUACAAACAAUUAAGAAAAUAAAUACAUUUCUUCACAAAUCUGUUACAUUGAUAAUUUAUAGGUAAGAUCAAUAUAUAUCGAGACACACACACAUAUAUCACAUUUUUGCAUACAGAUGAGGGUUUUGUAGCAUAACAAUUGUCGUUUUUUAAGACAGAUUUUAACAUGGAUGUGAUAAAACAACCCAUCGAAAUAGAAGGAAAUGAAGCGUAGCAUUUAGAAAGUACAUUUCUUAUUUUUAGUCCACCCCGUGGAUCUGCUACUAAACAUGACAGGGGUAAAACAAUGCCCCUGUCAUGUUUAGUAAUAGGGGCUGUAUUCAGAUAUGUGUGCAGGUUGAGCAAAAAUAAGAUGGAAAGACUGUCUUCUUAACCAGGAACUAUCCCACAAUUAAUCAGGAGAUGAUUGAUUAAGAGAUGAUGUCUAUAAUUACCAGGUAAUAAAUGAUUAUGGCUAACAUUACAUGACAAAAGCCCUCAGCUGGAGAAAAUCUGGUGGAUUUGUUCAGAAGACAGAAGAAAAAGUUUGCAGAAGAUCAUCAAUACUUGUGUGUGUGGUUACGAUUCAAAUUCUGAACAAUACGUGGGACAGGCAAAACAUGUAACGUAAAUACUUAAGAUAAAAUCUGUAGCAUUGGUGCGUUCAACAAAGGCUUCACAGGUAAUGUAAAGGUACAGUGAGGCAGGGUUAUGAAUUUAGGCUAUUAGUCAAGUGCAAACUCAACUACAUUGUCUAUUUAAUGCAUCAUUCAUCAUUGCUGUAGUACAAUUUCAAGGAACACCUCCGGACAUUAAGGUCAGCCAUGUCAGAGUGCAGAGCUGGGAACAGAAGAGGUGGGGCUUUGCCAGAUGAUCAUGAGACUGCGUUCAGAACGGCUGAGUGUUGUUUGGGGCAGCUCAGUGGAGCCAUCACUUGUAUCGUCUCCUGUGAGAGUCAACUGAUCUGUUAGACACUUUUCAAACCUCUGCAGGAAAAUUAGGAUUGAAAGAAUACCAGGCUCUUUAAAAAAAGAAAAAAAUGAAGAAUUUAGUGAUUUUCAACCCACCGAUUCUGAAGUUGAUGUAGCCUUCUCCUCCACUGAGGAUGAACUGUGAUGGAGCACAACU